AUGGGAAAGGGGGCGCACAUGGAUGCGGCGGGAUGGGCGCCCGGCCAGGGCGCCGAUCGGGAGGGGCGGGCGGCGUGCCGCGCGCACAACUUCAGCGCGGGGCCGGCGAUGCUGGACACGGGCGCGAUGACCUAUGUGCAGGAGAACCUGCUGGACUACGAGGGCUGUGGGAUGGGCAUCCACGAGAUGAGCCACAGGGACGUGGGCGGGCCGGUGCACGAGAUGAUGGCGCGGACGUCGGACAACGUGCGGCGCCUACUGGGCGUGCCGGACAACUACCGAAUCCUGUUCUUCCAGGGUGGAGCUCAUGGUCAGUUCGCCGCUGUGCCCCUCAACCUGUUUGGCAAGGGGGGCAAAGGAGACUAUGUUAUUGGUGGCAACUGGUCCACAAAAGCGAUGAAGGAGGCGUCAAAGUAUGGGGAGGUCAGGGUUGUGGAAGACACGACAUCAAAGGGAAAUGCAUACUAUGCACCUGUUGAUGAGUGGGAACUGUCAGACGACUCGGCAUAUGUGCAUGUGUGCACCAACGAGACGGUGCAAGGCCUUGCGAUGCACGAGGACCCUGAUGUGGGGCCUAACCAUGUCCUGGCAGCAGACAUGACCUCCAGCCUGUUUUCACGGCCAGUUGACGUCAGAAAAUACGGGGUGAUCUACGCCAGCGGGGGAAAGAACUUGGGUCCUGCGGGAUGCUGCCUCGUCAUCGUGAGGGACGAUUUGCUGGACCAGUCGCUGCCUCAGACCCCAUCCAUACUAUCAUGGAAGGUCGCCAACGACCACAACUGCCUUUAUUACACUCCAAACGCCUUUGCCAUAUGGUGCGUUGGGGUCAUCACUGGUGACCUGCUGGCCAGAUACGGUAAUCUCGAGGAGGUGGCAAAGAGGAGCAAGCAGCGCGCAGAAAUGGUUUACAAAGUGAUUGACAAUUCAGUGGGUUUUUACACCAACAACGUCAGGCCCGAUUUCAGAUCCCACACGGCCAUACCUUUCAGAAUCCGCGAUGGCGUGGAGGAGCUGGAGAAGAAGUUCAUCCGCGAUUCCGUGAAAUGUGGCCUCCAUCAGACGUUUGGGCACUCUUCUGUGGGCGGCCUCAGGGUCGCCAUCUACAACGGACUACCCGACGAGUCGCUUAAGGAGUUUGUCAAGUUCAUGAAGGAUUUCAUGGACACCAACGCAGAGUGA